UUAUGAAGAGUAAGGGGAGGUACCAAAAGGAAAGUAGGAAGAUUUACAGGAAAAAUCAGAAGAUUAAAGAGAGAUUAGAGAAAGAGGAAGAAAAAGAACAAGUUACAGUUUUGAGUUUGAUUCCUAGGCACAAGUUUGGAGAAGUCAACAUUAGUAAGGAUGGUAAUGGUGUAUGAGGCUAAGUACGAAUGCAAAAAUACGAAGAAACAAACAUGCAAAACAAAAUUGGAAGAACAAAGUGAAGAGGAGAAAGUUGGAAGCAAAAGGUCAGACGGAAGCAAAUGUUGAAGAAAUGGGUCAGAUGGUGCCAAAUGUUGAUGAAGGUGCUCCAGAAUUUGAACAAGGCCCUGAUGAUGUAGACUUCUCAACUGUAAAAAUUCGUAGAGAGAAAGUCGAAUACAGCAGGGAAGAGGAAGAGAAACUCAAGCGCUUGCAAGAGCAAUCAAAAGAAAACCCAGGAUCUCAUCCUUUUGACGAGGUUAUUGUGGAGGAAAACCAGCAGAUAAUUGCGGAAUUCUGCAAGAAGGAAAUUUGGUUCUUCCCGCAGAUGAGGUUGGGGAUGAAUCAAGAACAUCUACAUCUAUCUCCCAAGAAGAUCUGGAAGAACUAAUGACUUCCGUCAAGAAAGAUCCAUAUCUGAAAACUAUUCUAGAAGAUAUUAACCUACCUUUUUGUGUUUUUAAUAACUUUAUCAUUUUCGUGCAUCAGUUCUAUUUGAUGUUCUUUUUUAACUUAGCUUGAAAAUUCAAAUGUUUUUAGGUACUUGAAUGAUUCAGAGAUUACGCAAAAGUUGGCGCUAGCUAUGGUUUUGGAGUUUUAGGAGGGCACAACGUGAAUUCAGUUGAACAUACUGCACCAAACACUGAUGCGGAAGAUCAAACUGCCAAACAGGCUUGAAGCAAUUGUUCGCAAAUGAAGCCAAUUUAUGUUCAUUUCCAAAUCACAAUGUUCUUUUGAGCUCAUGGGAUAAUUUGUUUUUCAUCAUGGUGAAUUAGGAUGAUAACUUCUAGAAAAUAUGUUUCUAAUUGGAUCUUCAUCUUCAUCAGUUUUUAUGAAUGAUUUCUGUCAUUUUGGUUA